CAUAAGAAGCAUCAUUUACCCACACAAAUAAGAAAAACUUCCAAGUGAUCUUCCUUUCUUCCACGCUAUCUUUUUAACACUUCCGCGCAUUCUUCUGAAAAAUGGGUUCUCUUGACGCUAGUAAUGCGGUGGAGGGGAGGACUACGGUCCACCGUCUGAUAGCAGAGGAAGGAGCAUUGCUGAUGCCUGGCAUCCAGGACGCUUUCUCUGCUGCCAUUUGCGCCAAAACUGGCCAUAAGGCUUGCUUUGUAUCCGGCUUUGGUGUUUCCGCUGCUCUUCUUGGCUUACCUGACUUUGGUUUGCUCACAACGGCAGAAGUUGUGGACGUUGUUCGUAGAAUAACUGCUGCUGCUCCAAGUUUAUGUGUCGUUGUUGACGGAGAUACCGGGGGUGGUGGCCCUCUCAAUGUACAAAGAUUUAUAAAAGAUUUGAUUGCGGCCGGUGCUAAGGGUGUUUUCCUUGAGGAUCAAGUGUGGCCUAAGAAGUGUGGUCAUAUGCGUGGUAAGAUGGUUGUACCCGCAGAAGAGCAUGCACUUAAGAUAGCAGCAGCAAGAGAUGCUAUUGGUGAUUCUGAUUUUUUCUUAGUAGCAAGAUCUGACGCAAGAGCACCUCAUGGUCUUCAAGAAGCUAUUCGACGUGCUAACCUAUACAGAGAGUCUGGAGCUGAUGCCACUUUUGUUGAGGCACCUGCAAAUUUGGAAGAGCUAAAAGAGGUUGUUAGAGAUGUUAAAGGAUUAAGAAUUGCAAACAUGAUUGAAGGUGGAAAGACUCCAUUGCACACACCAGCUGAAUUUAAGGAAAUGGGUUUCCACUUGAUUGCUCAUUCACUCUCAACACUUUAUGCUACAACCAAAGCUUUGAUGGGUAUCUUGAGGACUCUUAAGGAGAAGGGAACUACUAGGGAUGAUUUUGGCCAAAUGGUUACAUUCAAUGAAUUCAAUGAUAUGAUCAGUUUGGAAUCUUGGUAUGAGCUUGAAACUAAGUUCAAGAGUUUCACCCCAAAAGCAUGAUUAGUAUCUCUACAAGUUGGAUUCAACCAUGAUUCAGAGAAAUAAUUAGCAAUUUUUUAUGAUAUAUGCUUGGUAGUUGUUUAAAUAUUUGUAUGAAGUUAUGCAUUUGAGUACUACGUUAGUCAUGCUAUAAGUUUGAUAUCUGUAUGAGAGAGAGAUUUGGAGGUAUUGUACUCUCUUUAAUCUUUGUUAAGAUAUAAUUUUAUAAUAUUUUCUCGAUA